UAAAAGCAAAUUUGAAGGUACAAACUUUUAGGGAUGUAAUACAGAAAGUGAAAUAGAAGUCGAAGUAGCACAGCAAGUGGAGGAAGUCAAGGGAAGAAAAGAGAGAUGAACCUUCCAGGAAGAUGAAGUCAUACGCGGAGCCAUAAAGGAAAUCAAACACUCAAAGGAAGACUUUUGAUCUUUUUGUUUGCUCCCUGCCUUCCGUUUCUCUCUUCCUGUGUUGAUCGUUGUCGGAUUUUGUCGACUGGAAGCUCUACGCUCUUGCUUGUGCCUCUUCGAUUCGAUCGUUGUUGGUCAGAUGCGCUUUUCGCUUCGAGCGCCAUGAGGAAGAUCAACAUCCCCAGCAUCAUCAAGGUGGCAUGCCUUGAUAAAUCAUCCGCAGAUUCUGGGAAAGGGAGUAGUAAGUUGUCAGGCAAUAAAGUAUCGCAUGGAUUUCACUUGGUGGAAGGGAAAUCAGGUCACGACAUGGAAGACUAUCAUGUGGCACAAUAUAGAUUAGAGUGUGGUCGUGAACUUGGUCUGUUUGCAAUUUUUGAUGGUCACAUGGGGGAUAGGGUCCCCAACUACCUGAAAGCCAACCUUUUCGACAAUAUAAUUAAAGAGCCAUCAUUCUGGCAAGACCCUCAUUCAGCAAUAAAGAAUGCAUACUGCUCCACGAAUAAAUGGAUUCUCGAAAAUUCAAAGCAGUUAGGGCCAGGGGGUUCAACCGCAGUUACGGCAAUAGUUAUUGAUGGUAAAGACUUGUGGAUUGCAAACAUAGGUGACUCAAGAGCUGUUGUAUGUGAAAGAGGUGCUGCUAAUCAAUUGUCAGUUGACCACGAGCCUGAUGCUGAACGAAGUAGGAUUGAACAGCAAGGCGGCUUUGUAACACUUUUUCCAGGUGAUGUUCCUCGAGUAAACGGUCAACUUGCAGUAGCAAGAGCUUUUGGCGAUCACAGCCUCAAGGCACACUUAAGUUCAGAACCUGAUGUGCGGCAUGUGCCGAUAGACUCAUCAAUAGAGUUUGUUAUACUUGCAAGUGAUGGAUUGUGGAAGGUUAUGAAGAACCAAGAAGCUGUUGAUAUCAUAAAACAUAUAAAGAACCCUAAGGCUGCCGCAAAGCGUCUAACUGCUGAGGCCUUGAAGAGGAACAGUAAAGAUGAUCUAUCCUGUAUUGUGAUUCGAUUUCAACGCUGAAGCUUUCAUGUAAUAGUUCCACAAACCAUCGACAUGGGCCAUAAGUUUGAUAUUUUUUCCCCCUGUUGAGUGAAUUGCUCAGUAAACUACAUGUAAAACCUGAAUGCAUAGCUUCCUUUCUCUGUCUGUUUUGUGUAUAUAUGUAUUUUUCUUUUUUCUCUUUUAUACGAUAUUUAGGUAGAUUGUUAUAGUAUGGGAAUAUAUAAUGACUGGAUUGUGCGUCUCUUUUCUUUUGCUUGUGAAUAAAUUUUAGCAGUAUUAUAGUUUUGAAGAA